AAGGUUUUAAAUUUAAUAAACUAUGUUGAUAAAUCAAGAUUCACAGUGGAAUGGUUCUACCACAUCUGAAUUUCAAACGUUUUCGGACUUCGGAGCUAUGGAUGAUUUAUUUCAAACUUUAAGUUCUGAACUAGGUAUUCCUUUAUUUUUCGAAAGUGAAAUACCUCAAAAGGUAGAUAAUGAUAUUGAUAAUCAAAUCACAAAAGAUAUAUGUACAGGGGAAUCAUCAAAUAAUUUCGAAACAUUUGAUAUAAAUGUUCUACAACAAAAUUCAGAUUUAGAUGUUACUAAUAAUGUAAAAAUGGAAAUUAAACUGGAACCAGCAAGUCCUUAUAUGCAGUUGCCUUUGUCUCCUACAACAAAUAAUUGUGAAUCCGAUAAACUAAAUUCACAAAUUAAGACAAAUUCUAUUGCUUCCUUUCAUGAUUUUAAGACAAGUUUGGAAACACCACCUAUCUCUCCUCUCCAAAGUGUUACCCCACCUAUAUCUCCACAACCAAUUUCAAAAGUAACUAUUGCAAAUCAAAUGAAAUAUAUGCCUCUUAAACCUCAAGGUACAAAACAAACAAAAUUUACUUUCUCUAAAGCAAAUUCUGCUAAACGUGUCCGAGUUCAACCAAAAAAUAACAUUCAACUUGUCACUAAUGAACAGCCUCAAAAUGCUAUAUUUUUGAGUACGCAAAAUUUUGUUGCACUUACACAAAAAAUUAAGGAGAAUUCUUUAUCAUAUCCUUUCAUGACUCAUUUUAUACCAACUAAUAUGAAUAAUAAAAUUCAAACAUCAGUACAGCUUCCAUCAGUGCAAAUAAAAACAGAAACAAAUACAGUUCAACUACCGCAAGAAAAUUAUGUGAAAGCAAUAGAUAAUAUCUCUAAUAUAUGUACAUCAGAAAAAGAUCAAACAGCUGAUAUGAAUGACACACCCUUAGUUCUUAAGAACAAAGCAGCUGGAUGUGCCUCUAUAGUUGUAAAAAACGAUUCGGCUACUUGUAGACCAAUAAUUAUUAAAGCGGAGAAUUCAAGUUAUACCCCGAUUAUUAUAAAGAAUGAACUGCAAGAUGUUAAUUUAUCUGGACGACGACAAGAAUGCGAAAUAAAAGCGUUAAAAAGGCAACAAAGAAUGAUAAAAAAUAGAGAAUCAGCUUGUCUAUCUCGUAAAAAGAAAAAGGAAUAUGUAUCUUCAUUAGAAAAACAAAUAUAUGAAUUACAGCAAGAAAAUAAACAAUUGAAAAUGGAAAAUACAAACUUGAAACAGAAGCUUUCGCUAUUGGAGGAUACAAAUAAGAAUAAAAAACUUAAAAAUAUGAAUUUCAAUGCAAAUAAAAAGAAUGUUGCUAUUCUUUUGGGUAUGGUUUUUAUGGUAUCCUUAAAUAUUAAUGGUUUUAAGGAUAUAUUUUCGCAAAGUAGUCGAUUAGAUAUGUUAUCUACUGAUGUUCCAAUUAACGAGCAGUAUACAAGGCAUGGGAGAACAUUGCUUUGGUCAUCUAAAGAUCAAGCUCAAGAGGAAGAUGAAGAUAAUUUUCGUAAAAAUAUAUCGAUGUCACAGCCUAUGUGCCCAAUGCACAUUAAUCAGAGCGAAUCAAUUCGAUUAGAUUACGAAUUGAGACGAUGGAUCGGUGGAAAAUCAAAUCAAGAUAAUUGGACUACAUUAAAAAAGGCAAAAUUAGAUGCAAAGCUUAUAGGAGAGUUUCUGUCACUGCCUCGUGCAAUGCAAACGAAAAUUAAACGUAAACGCAACUUAUCAGAAAAAAAUAAAUCUGAAAUACACCGAAAGACAAAUGGUACAUCGAUAUCGAAUGCAGUGGAAGUUUUUUCUCCAAUAGUAAAGGAACAUGCUUCUUUGUUUGAAGCUCUAGGUAGGAGAGAUGAUACCUUUUAUGUGGUUUGGUUUAGUGGCGAACAUUUACUUUUACCUGCUUCAAGGAAAAAUAGUACAGGGAGACCAAGAAUGUCAUUAGUUCUUCCUGCUCUCCCUAUGAAUGAAACGUUUUCAACACCAGCAAAUCAUAUAACUAUGAUGCAAAUUGAUUGUGAGGUUACCAAUACCCAGUUGUUGCAUUUACAACAAUCAAUUAUAUCUAAUCAUUUAAAAAGUACUAAUAGGUCUGAAAGUCAUACAAACCAACCAGAAAAUGUAUCAGACACAUUAACAGCAGAUAUAACUAAGAAUUACAAACCAUAUUUUAUCAAAGAAGCUAAUCACAAAAUGUUCCGUCAAAAAAAUUUGAAAGAUAUAUACAUUGACAAAAACAAUAAAAAUUACAAUAAGACAACUGGUUAUAUAUUAAAACAAAAAUUUGCAACUGAAUUUGAUGUAGAAGAGAUGAAAACUGAACUGUUGAAGGAUUUGAGAAAAACAGGUUCCCGUGUGAAGUUGGCAACUUCCCAAAAAAAGAAAGAAAAUUGCUAAGUAGUGAUGAUAUUCAGAGUUUGCUUUUUGUGACAAUACAAUAAAAAGUAAUGUUAGAUGCAAUUCAUCCACUAAAUGCACAAGUAAACGUCUCAUGAUAAUAACUUUAUACAGGAUUAUUAUACAUAUUUUGAUUUUUUAAUUUUAUGAAAGGGGC